UAUUAUAAAAAGCAAGCGCAUCUCCAUUGUCUAACCUAAUUCAAAACGUUCGUGUACUUCGUGCGGUUGUCUAGGAAAUCAAACUAGCCGAACCUAAAAACAUAAAAGUUGCGAAAUCCAACCUGCUAUAUAAAAUAAAACCCUCCCCCGCCCGGUGAAACCAGCGGCGUUUGUGGAUACACUACUUUUUGCCAUCGUCUGUGAACGUAAAAUCGAAACUCAACUAACAAAAUGAUGUCCUUCAAGUCGUUCGUCCUGCUUAGCUUAUCCCUCGCUGCCAUCAGUGCCUAUGCCUACGCCCAGAUCGCCCCAGGCUCCAACGCGUACCUCCCGCCCACCAAGAACGGCUACGACUACUCGGAACCCAAGACCCCAUUCAAGCCCGGCCCACCUGGAAGACCAGCGGCACCUGGACCCCGGCCACCCGCACCACCCGGCACUCCUCGCAACAUUCCUGGCCAGCCAGCCGAUGACCAUGUCCACGUGCCCGGCAUGCCAUACGACUUCGAGUACGCCGUCCAGGAUCCGGAGACCGCCAACGACUAUGCGCACAAGGCGUCCAGUGAUGGCGAUGUGGUGACCGGCGAGUACCGCGUCCAGAUGCCCGACGGAAGGACCCAGAUCGUCCGCUACACCGCCGACUGGAAGACGGGCUACCACGCGGACGUGAGCUACGAGGGCGAGGCCACGUACCCGCAGGGUCCGCAGCCAGGAGCUCGUGGUGGUGGCGGCGGUGGUGCUGGUGGUGCCGGUGGGUACAAGUACUAGGCGUGGGUGGUGCUUCGACUGGGUCAGCUGGGGUCACAUAUGUAUCUUGCGAAACGUGUAAGCCUUACGAUAUACCAAUAAAAAGUAUUGAUAAACUAAA